UGGGAGGGAGUUCCAAAGCUGUACUGUGGCCGGUUUGCGUCUGGUAUUCUAAGUUCCGUGACUGAUUCUGGGUCCAUCUAAUCGAACUUGCCUUGACUCCGUGUUGGAAACAAUAUCCACCUAAACCCGACGUCACAGCAGUUUGGACGCGCGGAUCUCUCCUGUGAUAGGAUCGCUCAGGUAUCGGACAGCCUCCCCAAUAAUCACCGCAUCGAACGGAUUCUCCCUGCGCUAUUAUUAAAUCCAAGAUGGCUGCCGCAGCCUCGCCGGCGGUGAUAGCGCGUAUUUUGAAGAAGAAGGAGCAAGAAAAGAAACACAAGCAGCACCAACAUCACCACCACCACCACCGUCACAGCCAUCACGACAAGCGGCGGGGAAGUCACCAGGGGACCAGCCGGACGCCAUCUCCUGCGACAAGUCCUAAGCAGAGUCCAACGACAAGUCCAACGGGUCAUUACCCCGUCAGUCCUCGGCGCGGGUCGCACCCUUCGCCGAGAGUCAGUCCCAAACAUCCCCGGCCCAGACGUGGUUCGUCGCCCAACCCCGUGGGCAGUGCGUCCCUCCCCAGCCUGCCGAGCUCGCACACUAACAAUCUGCUUACGCCGUCGUCUCACUCUCCGGCCGGCAGCCCUGUCGAACACCACGACAGAACCAUCACUGACCUGACCUUUGUCUUCGGCAAGAAUGGCAGUGCACCCCAUAAGGCAGGCGACCACAGUCGGGAUGCGUCACCAAAGGUGUCUCCGGGUGCCUCUCCCAAAUCUUCACCCAAGAAGAGCCACGCCAAGACCAACGGAUCAGAGGAGCAGGCCAACGCCCACGUAGUUAUAGUCGGAGGCGGGUACGCGGGUAUAGCGAUUGCACGGAAAUUACAAGGCAAAAUCAACUUUACUUUAAUCGACCCAAAGGAAUACUUUCACCACCACAUCGGUGCUCUUAGGUCAGCAGUUAGAACAGAUUUUGCCAAGAAGACAUUUAUUCCAUAUGAUGCCACGUUUGGGAAGCGGUUUAAACAAGGUCGAGUGAAGGAUGUCAAUACAUCUGACAGAACCAUCAUCUUAGAAACAGGAGAGACCAUGAGUUACACUCACCUGGUCCUGGCUACCGGCUGUACGGGACCGUUCCCCGGACGGGUGGAUGACACCAUCACAGCUGAGGAGGCCAUCAGCAGGUACAACAACCUGGCGGAACAGAUUGAGACGGCUGACAAAAUAGUGAUCGUUGGCGGAGGAGUAGCGGGAAUAGAACUGACGGGAGAAAUUCUGUCCGCCCACAAAAACAAGAACGUCACCGUGAUCCACGCUCACCAGCAUCUCAUCAACGACGACGUACUACCGGGCAUGCGCACAAAGCUACAGGAGAAGCUAGCCAGAUAUGGCGUCACUUUUAUUUUGGAUGAGAGAGUGAAAAACCUUGAAGAAGUUGCUACAAGUGUCUCGAAGCCCACAACAGUGAAAACAGACGCCGGGACGGAAGUCAGUGCAGACCUGGUUAUACGGUGUACAGGCGUCAAACCUAACACGGCAGUAUUCGCUAACAAUUUAGGCGGCAAACUAGACGAUUCCGGCCGGAUCAAAGUGAACGAGUUGUUUGAAGUGACCGGCCUGGAGCACGUGUACGCCAUCGGUGGGUGUAACGACGUGGCGGAGGUGAAGAUGCCGAGGCACAGCACCGCACAGGGGGAGCUUCUGGCCGACAACAUCGGCAGGAAAUUGGACCACAAGGAGAUGAAACCGCACACUCAAGGACAGCUCAUGAUGGAAAUAUCCCUUGGACCCAACUCCGGCGUCAGUCAAGUCAAGGGACUCAUCCUCGGAAGUUUUCUUACCAAAUACCGCAAGAGCAAGGAUCUCUUCGUUCAUCGCUUUUGGAAAAAGGUUAUGAAACAGGAAGUGCCUCAUUAAGACAACAUUACAGCGAAGUGUCUAGAACUAUAUAAGUCUCAAAUAUCGCUUUCUAUGAUAGAUAUUAUACGAGAAAUAAUAACC